AUGGAAAAUAUUCUAAAUGAGGUUGUGUCGUCAGAAGACUUGAAAAAAUUUGAAAAAAUUUACAACGAACAGCUGACAACCUCACAAGUAACUCAAAAAGCACAAUUUGAGUACGCAUGGUGCCUGGUGAGAAGUAGAUACCCUGCGGAUGUUAGAAAAGGAAUUGUUUUGUUGGAAGAUUUAGGGUCUACUUGGAAUGGCAGUAGCUGGUGGAGUAAUUGUUGGACUAGCAAGUAUUCUUGGUCUUGGUAUCGCAAUGGCAAAGAAAUCUUAGCCAAAUGA